AUGGCAGUGGCCAUGCUGAUGGGGAAGUCUAGGGUUCAAGUUAUUGGUCUGGUUUUAGUUGCUGUCGGAAUGGGUGGAGGAACUGGAAGUAGUGAGGCUCCCAUGAUUGCUAGGAGAGGGAGGUUGGGUGCUGAUCAGCCUAUGAUUCUGCACAUGUUGGAUAUCCCUCCUGCUGUAGAGGGUGUUGUUGCUAUAACCGAUGUUGUUGAGGCAUGCACUGUGGACAAUGUUGCUGUCAUGGUUGUUGGCCGGUUGUUGCUAACCCGACAAAUACAAAUUGCCUUAAUCCUGAAGGAAUUUGCACCAUCAAUUCCUGAGAAAAGCAUUAAUUGUUUGAAAGUCUGA